AUGAUUGCUCCGACCAUCUUCGGCAGGCGCGGACAUGGGUUCGCCCUGCUGUUCCUCGCGCUCAGUGCGCUCAUCACCACGGGCGCAGCCGGCGAUAUCCUUCCCUCUGCUGCGUCCAGCACUUUCCCGUCGUGCGGCCUCACUUGUACCGCCCUCACCAAUGCCCAGUCGAGUUGUGUCACCGGCGCCCAAUCCACCUGGGUCUCCUGCUUCUGUCAAUCCUCCUACCUGACCACGCUGAAGACCUCCGGCAGCGUCUGUUCGGAUUGCUCGAGUUCCGACCAAUCUCUCCUCUCCACCUGGUACAACAACUACUGUAACUCCGAUGGCCAGACGUCCGGCACCAGCACCACCACCACUGCUAGCGCGUCGACCACAUCCGCAACUGCCGGGACCACUGCAGGGGCCAGCACGAGCAAGACCACCACCUCGGAUGAGAACAAGUCCUGGUGGAGCACUCACUACCAAUGGGUCAUUAUGCUGAUCGUCCUGGCCGUCGGGUUCAGUGCCCUCGCCGCUGGGGGUGUCUGGCUCAAGCGCCGUUAUGAUGCCAAACGACCCGGCCUGUACCACGGGGGCAGCGCCAAUGCCAGCAGCAGUGGCGUCUUCCAACGCAAUUCCGGUGUCCUCAGCCCUCCGCCAGGUCCCUGGGGCCCGUCUCCGGCACCGGGUCAAUCCCAAUCCCGCACCCUGGCCCCAGAAUCCGUCGCUAGCAGCUCCAGGACUGAGGUUGGGCCGCGCGGGGGACCCAAUCUGCCGGCCCCUGGGAGUCGCACCCGCCUGCAGAAGGGCCCGCAAUCUGCCGCAGACGUGGAGAUUCGACAGAUUUCGCGACAGUGA